GACGACAGACGACCGAAAUCUAGUUGAACCUGAACUCCUUGAGUGGAGUAUAGCAUUUUUCACGCGUGGAUCGUCACGCUGGCCCUAAGAUCCUCGGAGAUUUCUCGAUUGAAAACCUAUUGAAUAUCGUUCGGUGGAGGCAGAAAAAAACUGAUUUUCUAACCGGAUUUCGGGUGUCCCACAAAAAGUUGUCUAGCAUUAAUUAAAGCGAUUCGCAACAGCUGAAGUUUGGCAGUUUGGGCCUGGGAAGAGCAGUGAUCGGACGUGAAUCUGGACGGACUUAGCGAGCGAGUGUUUUUUAUAGUGUUCUCUUGGUUAGAUGAAAAAGUUAGCCGAAUAUCUCCGUGUGGCAGUACAGCCUAAAAUGACGGGCACAAGUAGUGACACGGCGAAGCACCCCGCAAUGGAUUCCCCGAAGCUAGCGAAAAUGGAUAAAUUCGAUAGCAACAACAAUAACGACGUCGCGAUGAAGGACGACAUGACGGUUAGUGAGAAGGAGCUGAAGGACUACAUGGAUCACUACCACAAGUGGGAGCAGUCCGCCCUCGGGAGGUGGCUCCAGGAGUGGCUCGAGAAGAGUAUCGGCCUGAAGUUCAACAACGAGAUCAAGUGGAAGAAUGUGGCCUUGCUUGGGGGACUGCACUUCACAACCGCGGCCCUGUUCUUCGUCUAUGUGUGGGACUCGAGCCUUAUCACCUGGCUGUGGGGUAUAUUUGUCGGAGGCGUCGCAGGGUUCGGCGUAACCGGAGGCGCCCACCGCCUGUGGACUCACAGAGCGUACAAAGCCAACCUGCCGCUGCGAAUCAUUCUGAUGUGCUGCUUCUGUGCGUCCGGCCAAAACAGCUUGUACGACUGGGUCCGGGAUCAUCGCAUCCACCACAAGUACUCCGAAACCGAAGCCGACCCACACGACUCGAACCGGGGGUUCUUCUUUGCCCACGUUGGCUGGCUGCUGCUGAGGAAGCAUCCGGAGUGUAUCAAGAAGGGUCGAACGAUCGAUAUGUCCGACGUGAUGGCUGAUCCGGUGGUCAGGUUCCACCAGAAGCACUUCGCACUGCUGAAAACAAUCUUUACCUAUAUUCUCCCAUCAAUUAUCCCGUGGUAUUUCUUUGGUGAGGGUUUUGUUCUGUCAUUCCUUGCGAAUUGUCUGCUGCGAAACGUGUUGACGCUGAACGCCGCCUGGCUGGUGAACAGCGCUGCACAUAUUUAUGGUCACAGACCAUACGACAAGCGAAUUCAACCGGCCGAAAAUAAGUGGGUGUCCAUGAUCGCCAUGGGUGAAGGAUGGCACAAUUACCACCAUGUAUUCCCCUGGGAUUACAAAGCGGCCGAACUUGGUAAAUACUCCGUCAACUUUACAACUUUCUUCCUGGAUAUGUUCUCCCUGAUUGGUUGGGCGUACGAUAUGAAGGAACCCUCGAAGGAUCUGGUCAGACGAACGAUACAAAAAUAUGGUGACGGAACACACAUAACCACCCCAAUUGCUCACCUAAAAGAGGUUCCGGAACCAGAAUCCUGAAGCAUCCAGCAGGAAGAUUACAUUAGUCGAAAACCAUUAUAGCUCGUAAAUAGAUAUGUAAGUCAAUUUAAUUCAUGUGAAAGUGAAAAAAGAACA